AUGCGCCCUCUUUUGAAACUUGCUUUCUCGCCUGCCUAUAUACCCUCAAUGUCGACAACUAUGAUCCCUCUCGAUGUUGCCCAGUGGCGCGACUUGUUCUUGCUUACUGCAGUUGCUGUGGAGCAGCAAUAUACUCCUGUCCACAGGGAUGUACUCGCAGACCAUCCAGAUAGCGAGGACGUGACUGAUGAUGUGGAGAGCAGCCAUAAUUCGAGGAAGAGGGUCUUGUCUGUUGACUGGAACGCCGGUCAUUCUCUAAAGCGUGCCAAGGACAAUGCCGGAGAUGUCGUGGUCACCUGCUCUGCGUCCGAGAUCCGACUCAAGUUCGGUAAAGAGAACGAUGAGAUGACGGAGGAUUUGGGAUCUACCAGUGCACUGGUGCAUCGCCGUAUUAACCCACUCCCAAAACGAGCUGAAGGCAAUCAACGAUUCAUUACCUCUCUAUCAGACGUGGAUAUUAGCUGGAUUCCAAAGUCCUACCGGAACAAUAGCAGAAAAACUCCUGACACGCGGUUGCACAAGCUCUUUUUGUCCGAAUGCAAUUACUCAUUGACUGAGUACCACGAGAACGGGACCAUCAAGAGAAGGAGCAAAGAAGAACGCGAGGCAUUCUUGAGGGCGGAUGAGUGGGUUGAAUACUUGACUCCCGUGAAGUGGCUUCAGUACUGGCUCGUAGACUUUUUUGAGUAG